AAGGAAAGCAUACUUGCUGCAGAAGUUCAAGUGGAUUGUGCUCUUUUUUUUGCACUAGUUUUCGCUCAUCAACGGGAAGAGCUUCAACUUCCUGGACAAUGUCGUCUGCGAAUAUAGAGCUCCAAUGUGCCGCUCAAAGUGUUGGUACUGUCAAUACGCUGGUGACUACACUUCUCCAGGCACUACUUGCCGCACAAUGUGCCAUCUCUGCACCCGAGCUGUGGCCAUCAGACUACGCAGAUCAAGCUCUGAAAAAUGGCUUGGACACCUAUGAUUUUGUGGUGGUGGGCGCUGGAUCUGGCGGUUCGGUAGUAGCCAGCCGUUUAAGCGAAAAUCCAAACUGGAAUGUGCUAGUUCUGGAAGCUGGGGGUGACCCUCCACAAGAAAGUGAAGUACCCGCUUUAAUUUUUUCUAUGGAAGAAACAAGCGCAGUAUAUAACUACUCUACGGAGCCAAGUGACAAAGCUUGUUUGGGUCUCAUCGACGGUCGGUGUUAUUUCCCACGAGGAAAAAUGAUAGGCGGCUCUGGUGGUGCUAAUGCCUUGUUUUAUGUUUGGGGCAAUCGCAAGGAUUAUGAUGGUUGGGCAGAGGCUGGCAACACUGGAUGGGGUUGGGAUGACGUCGUACCAUAUUUCGAACGUUCAAUUCGUCCCGUAGGUAAUGAGUCCGAUCCACUAGGAUAUCUGACAAUCAGUCAAUUGCCUGAUACUGACACAGAUAUAGCGGACAUGCUCGCACAGGGAUCCGCUGAGUUGGGCAUACCGCAGAAAUGGGAAUUUAAUGAUAUUAGCGAACCAGGAUAUUUCAAAUUACCUCGCACAAUAGGAAAUGGACGUCGCACGAGUCCAGCCAAGGGCUACCUAUCGAGAGUUUCAACACGGUCUAAUUUGCAUGUGAUAAAAGAAGCGCAUGUCACCAAGUUGAAUUUCGAUGAUAGCGGAAAAAAAGUUAACUCGGUGAGCUUUAUACUUCAGGGAAAAUAUGAGCUGAAUGUGACAAUUGGCAAAGAGUUGGUUGUAUCCGCAGGCGCAAUAGAUUCGCCAAAGCUGUUAAUGUUGUCUGGUGUUGGUCCAGCGGAUCAUUUGAAGCAAUUGGAUAUUCCCGUUGUACAGGACUUGCCAGUCGGCGACAAUUUGUAUGAUCAUGUGAAUGUUUUGACUUUUCUUAAAUUGAGGGAAAAUGUUGCACCGAACGUCACGACGGUCGACACUCUUGAUAUCAUUUAUAAAUACCUAAUUCACCAGAAUGGAACAUUGGAUAGAACACCUUCAAUUACAGGAUUCAUUAAUACGCUUAAAAACGAUACAUACCCGGAUAUAGAGGUCCACCAUAUAAUAAUCCGACGUAAUGAUCAGGCUACUUGGCAAAUAUUCGCCAGUGGGCUCUACCUGAAUGAUAACAUUACCGAUCAAGUAUCCAAGGCGCUCGAAGCAGCUGAUAUUUUAAUUAUGUUUAAUUUUCUUUUGACGCCCAAGUCUAAAGGCUAUAUGCGACUACAGAGCUCCAAUUACAAAGAUGAUCCCAAAUUGGUACAUAAUUACUUUAGCGAAUCAGAAGAUGUGGAGACUGUACUGCGGGCAAUGCGUUUCCAGGAGCAGCUGGUGAACACUACAGCCUACAAGGCCAUGAACGCCACGAUGCUACUACCCAGUAUUGACGAGUGCGAUGCUUAUGAACUGAGAAGUGAUGAUUAUUGGCGUUGCUAUCUUAAGUACUUUUCUUGCACCCUCUAUCAUCAGUCGGCUACAGUUAAAAUGGCCCCUGAGACGGACGAGACGAGCUGUGUGAAUCCACGUUUGCAGCUUCGCGGUGUUGACAACGUGCGUGUGGCUGAUGCUAGUGUCAUGCCAAAGGUGCCCAGUGCCAAUACAAAUGCGGGUACAGUUAUGAUUGGUGAAAAGGUAGCCGAUUUUAUACGCGAAGACUGGCAGAAUUAGAAGCUUAGGACAGUUUUCAUUUGCGACAUAUUUGAAGUACCCGCAGAAGGGAUAUUAUAAGAUUUUCUUAAAUAUCUCUCUUCCAGAACCAUUUCUUAAGUCCUAAAAAACUUUUAAACUUCGGA